AUGCACACUCCUAUCUGUGGCGUCGAGAUCCGCACCGAGGCUCCCUUUAUAGCCCCGGCCGCUGCUCGUCAAAAAUUUCCCAUGGCCAAUCCACCUAUCCAGCUGUCCCUCCAGACAGACAAAAGUACCCCAAGUCUGACUCCACCGGUCACACCCAUCGCCAAAGACUCCCACGCACCAAACCCAUUCCACGAAACCCAGCUCACCUACUUCACCGACGACCUCGACCUCUGCCUCGACAGCAACAAUCGCCAUGUCGAGUUCGGCCGCGGCGUCUGGAGCACCGUGUACAAAGCACGCGCUAAACCAUCCACUCUCCUCGGAACACCCCCCAGCUCCCCAGUGACCGCCGCGCAAGUCUUCGCCGUCAAGGCCCCAUUGCGCCGGGAUGCGCGCCCAGUCCUCAAAGCCGAAGCGGCAACACUCACUCGCCUCACUCGCCUCCCGAACCACGAGGCCCACAUCGUGCCCUAUUACGGCUUCCAUGUCGAGAUGUGCGCACUCGUCCUCUCCGCCAUCCCGCUCUCCCUCGCAACAUUCACGGAAGAUCAGGCCGAGCUUGCGCGCCACAAAAACCCAAUGCAGACCAUGUUCGAGCCUGUGCAGGGUCCGGCCUCGUUCCAAGAUCUUGCUCGCAAGCUGAUCGCAGGCUUGAAUUGGCUUCAUGAUGUCGCAGGCCUCGUCCACGGCGAUAUCAAGCCGCAGAAUAUCCUCCUGCGGGAAACCGAGUCGGACGUCUUUCCCUAUGAGCCUGUCUUCAUUGAUUUCUCGGCCACUGUCGAAAUCCGCAGCGAGGAUGCACCGCUGGAUACGACGCGCGCGUCCAUGUCCUCGUUUACGCCGCCGUUCACGGCACCGGAGAUGCUGGCUGCGUUGAUGUGCAAGGAGAUGGCGCCGACGGCUGCGUCGGAUGUGUUCUCGCUUGCGGCGACGUUGCUGGCUGUCGCGACGGGAGAUUUGUUGCUGUAUUCGAAUAUGAAUCAUCGGUUGAGGCUGGAGAUGGCCCGCGCGGGACAUCAGAUCAUUGAUUUCACGCGCUCGGGCAUGAGUGGGUGUCGGGUGCCGAGGAAUGGGUUUGUCGAGCGCAUUGUCAAGCCGGCUGUUGUGAAGGAUCCGAGUAUGCGGAUUUCAACGGCGGAGUGGUUGAAGCUUGUGCGUGAGGUUUGA